CUGGGCGGGCCGAACUGGGCAGAGCCGCCGCUUCCAGGAGGCCGCCCCGCUCCCCGGGGCCUGUCCCCUCCGCCGCGGGACCGCGGGAGACAGGGCGCCCACCGGCCGGGCUGCAUGGGGCUCCCGCGCGACCCGCUCUUCUGGCUGCUGCUCCUGCUCUUGGCCUCCUGCUCGGGGAUCCUCUUCGCCCUGUUCUCCUCGGUGGGGAAGCCACACCCAGGGCCCCAGCCCGGAGCCAGGAGCUCCACGGCGCCUCGGGCGUUCUCUGGACCCAAGGCUGCGAAUUCGGGGACAAGAAAGGGCCGGCCGUGUGGACCCCCUCUGGCUCUGGCCGCUCAGCGGCACCCACGCUUCCGGGGCCUGUUUGACUUCUCCAGGCCAGUGCUGCUGUCCAGGGGCCUCUACACCCAGCAGCUGUGGGACAGCCUGAGCCAGCGCAAAGCCCCCUAUGGCUGGCAGGGGCUCUCCCGCCAAGAUGUCGUCUCCACCCUGAGCCUCCUGAAUGGCUCGGAGAGCGCCCAGCUGUUCGGCUCCGGGGGGGUGCCGCACCAGGACUGCGUCCGGUGUGCCGUGGUGGGCAACGGGGGCAUUCUGAACGGUUCCCGCCAGGGUCUGAACAUCGACGCCCACGACUACGUGUUCAGACUCAAUGGAGCUGUGAUCAAAGGCUUCGAGGAGGAUGUGGGCACCAAGACCUCCUUCUACGGCUUCACUGUGAACACGAUGAAGAACUCGCUCAUCUCCUACGGGAAGUUGGGCUUCUCCUCGGUGCCGCGAGGACGGGACCUGCGGUACAUCUUCAUCCCCUCAGACCUGCGUGACUACGUGAUGCUGAGGGCCGCUGUGCUGGGUGAGCCUGUCCGCAAGGGCCCCGACCAAGGGGACAGGCCGCAGACCUAUUUUGGGCCGGAAGCCUCUGCCGGUAAAUUCAGGCUACUCCAUCCAGACUUCAUCAGCUACCUGACCCAGAGGUUUUUGAAAUCCAGGCUGAUGAACACGAAUUUCGGAGACCUCUAUAUGCCCAGUACUGGGGCCCUCAUGUUGUUGACAGCUUUACACACCUGUGACCAGGUGAGCGCCUAUGGAUUCAUCACCAGCAACUACUGGAAAUUCUCUGACCACUACUUCGACCGAGUCAAGAAGCCACUGGUGUUCUACGCAAACCACGACCUGUCCCUGGAGGCGGCCCUGUGGCGGGACCUGCACACGGCCGGCAUCCUCCGGCUGUACCAGCGCUGACCCCGGACCACCGCGCCCUCUGUCCCCGCAGAGCUGGCGGCCGAGUCCCCUCCAAAGAAGCCGAAGUGCCACCUUGUCCUUUCAGCGUGACAGGGUCCCCGAUCCCAGACCCGCUCCUUCCCUGCCGAUGACUGUCACCGAGGCCUGUUCAUUGUGAAACACCCGUUCUUGUCCUUGGCUCGUCCCAGAAGACUCCCCUCUGGCUCCGAGACGGACACUCCAACCCGGGGCGAGGGCACAUGGGCUGCUCCGCUGGAUUUAACCCCGAAGACAACACUCCCAAGAUGUGGCUGUCGCCUCGUCAGAAAGGGACACCUUAGAGCCCAGCCUCAAGGCCGGCAGGUGGGGCCCAACGUCACAAACGCACUCCCCAGCCCAGACCCUCCCCCUCGCAGGCAGGCAGGCAGGCAGGGCCCCUCGCAAACGCCAGGGCAACUCAAGGACACGACUUCGCCUUCCCGAGAACCUGGCCGACUCACACCUACCCCGGAUGAAGCACCAAAGGCAGAAUGUAAUUGGAAACUAGGUGAUUGCAUAAAUGGUGGACAACCGUUUUGUUUUCCUUGUGUUGGGGGAGGUGGUACGGUCCUGAGAAUUCAGGAUCCAUGGGGACAGUCUGGUGUUUGGCCGGGGCCAAUGGCAGGGAAGGCUGCCGGCCCCUGGGGGAAUCUCCUCAGUGGUACAGUGCCACCCCGUCGCCAGGUGAGGAACCCUCGCCAGCAGGUACUGAACCUCAUGGCUGCAACGAUUUGAACUUAACUGACGGGCAGUUUCACUUUAGACACCCCAUGGGCUUCUACUGGGAGCCAAGCCCGCACCAUUACAGCCCUUGAACCCUGGGGGUUGCUGUCCUGUGCUGAGUAGCUUUUGCAAAAUUUGCAGGUGGGGGGCAGCACCCAUCCACACUGCUCACCUCUCGGGGGCUAGGAGCUGGCCUCUGGGACGGGAGGCUGAGCCUAUCAGCAAGUGUCACAGGAGGGACGGGCUGUCACUAGCAUCAAAAUGCUGCUACCUGAGAAAGUCAGAGACGGUAACAGAAUGGACAGCUUGGGCCUCAAUACUCAAGCAGCUACUGGAGGAAGCUGUAGCUUCCUGCUGCCGGGACCCCUUUGUCCACGAUACCCGACCGUUCCCCACCCCAUUGCUCUGUGGUUGCCGGAACCUGUCCAUCUACAGCUGAGAGGUGCUCGUUUUAUCUGUUGGUGGCAACCCAUGGAAGGCACAUAAAAUCAACUUGGUGGGAAACUGAAACAAAAAACCCCUAACACCUGGUUAUGCCUUGUAUAUGUUUAUCUUCUGUGAAACUCAUUUACCUAAAGCUGUUUAUUGAAUCACAGUAUAAAAGUGUUUUUACCUGGG